AUCUGAGCAUGUGUUCGCGACCACGAUGAGUAUGCCGCACUUCCGGCCAGAUCGCCGGAUUUCCGCUGAGUGACCCUUACAAGUCCUUCUUGAUCCUGAAGUGGAUUAGGUGCCGCUGUUGCUGCUCUUGUUGAAUCUAGAACCGUAGCCAGACAUGGGACUGGAGGACGAGCGAAAGAUGCUUACCGAGUCCGGAGAUCCUGAGGAGGAGGAAGAGGAAGAGGAGGAAUUAGUGGAUCCCCUAACAACAGUGAGAGAGCAAUGCGAGCAGUUGGAGAAAUGUGUAAAGGCCCGGGAGCGGCUAGAGCUCUGUGAUGAGCGUGUAUCCUCUCGAUCACGUACACAAGAGGAUUGCACAGAGGAGCUCUUAGACUUCUUGCAUGCAAGGGACCAUUGUGUAAAAUAUCACAAGUAA